AGUACACGAAGAUUGACCAACGUUAGUUAAAUCUAACCAAAAAACAUAAUAAAAAAAGUAUAGUUUACAACUCACAAAAAUCAAGUAUAAAAUGCGCAGAGCCUCGCCUAUUUUGAAAACAAACCAGUAGCAAAACUCAAAGCCUCUCGUUGAGCUUCUUUGUAGACAGCAAGAUGGGAGCAGGUGGUAAUAUGAAUGUCACCAGCGGCGGCAAAAACGUCCUUGAUCGUGUUCCGGUUAAGAAAACUCCUUUCGAGAUUAGUGAUCUCAAGAAGGCGAUACCACAACACUGUUUUAAACGAGAUCUUCAACGUUCUCUAUACUACCUUUUCGGUGACAUAGCCAUAUGCUUUACGUGGUACCAACUUGCAUCAAAUUGCAUACCUCUUCUACCUACACCCCUCACUUACCUAGCAUGGCCGAUUUAUUGGUUCGUCCAAGGUAGUAGUUUUAUGGGUAUAUGGAGUAUCGGUCAUGAUUUGGGCCAUCACGCCUUUAGCGAAUACCAAUGGCUUGAUGAUGCUAUUGGCUUUGUCGCCCACUCUGCUUUCCUCACUCCAUACUUCUCUUUUAAAUAUAGUCACCGCAGCCACCAUGCUCACACUAAUUCAAUGGAGUACGAUGAGGUUUGGAUCCCCAAAAGGAAGGCGGACACCUUCUAUUCCGAAAUUCUCAACAACCCAUUGGGAAACCUGUUCAUGACUUUUGUGAGGUUGCUUCUAAGCUUUCCCAUGUACUUUACCUUCAAUAUCCACGGCCGGCCAUACAAUGGGUUCGCAAGCCACUUCUACCCAAACAGUCCUAUCUUCAACGAUAGCGAACGCAAGCAAAUUUGGCUCUCUGACGCUGGGAUGGCUGUUGCUUUCUAUGUUCUUUACAAGAUUGCAUCCGCCACAAGUUUUACGUGGUUGUUUUGCAUCUAUGGAGCUCCUUUGCUGGUUAUGAACGCUCAUUUCAUCUUUUUCACCUUUCUACACCACAGCCAUCCUUCACUAGCUCAUUUCGACUCUAGAGAAUGGGACUGGAUCCGAGGUGCUUUAUCGACAGUGGACAGGGAUUAUGGAAUCUUCAACCAUGUUUUUCAUGAUGUUACAUGUUCUCAUGUUGUGCACCAUCUGAUAUCAACCAUCCCACAUUACCAUACCAUGGAAGCAACCAAGGCUGUGAAGCCCAUUCUCGGUGACUACUACAAGUACGAUGAUACCCCCAUCCUGGAGGCUUUCUGGAGAGAAACAAAGAACUGCAUCUACGUUGAGCCAGAUGAAGGUGCUGAAGAUAGUGGUGUUUAUUGGUUCCGCAAGUAAACUUUGUAACUUAUUUCUACGUACCACCCAUGUUGUCACAAUAAUUGGGCUAUGAUCUGAAACGCCCUUAGUGUCUUGUUGUAUCUGUAAUAUCUUCAACUAAAUAUGUGAAUUUCUUUCUUAUAAUA